AUGACGAACCCACGAGCGACAAAAAGGAGGAGACUGUCCGAUAUCCAGUCUGCUGAUGAAGAUGGGGAUAUUCAGAUGCAAGACGGUAGCCACGAUGUUCAAUCAGCUGCGGCGAUAAACCAAGGGGGAUCACCGGUUGUGUCCAAGACGUCUCAGCAGCAGCAGGCUCCAAGGGCACAUCUAGAUAAUGCGCAAGAUACAACAAUGAUCGAAAAAGACAACAGUAAGGCUGGUGGCUCAGGAACUCCUUCACGCACCGGACUACGAUCAAGUGGACGCCAACGGAAGCCGCCUCAGAGAUAUGAGGACGAAGUCCUGAAAACACCAUCGUCGAUCAAACGGUCUCCUUCUUCCGCCGGAGCCAAUGCGCGCACACCGCGAAACAUAAGGAAAACCAAGCCGAUGCCUGGCACCGAAGAAAUAGAGGAGACACCCCCACCGCCUCAGAGAGAAACAGUGACUAGAACAAGAUCCAAAAGAGUUUCGGUCAGAUACGCUUCCACGAAGCCCCAAGAUGAAGAUCGAUCUGUGACGCAAGAUCAGUCGCGACAGUCGUCAUCUGCAGAGGAAUAUCAAGACGGGUUGGACGACUUGGUCACAAUGCAAAUGCAGCAAGAUCUCACCCAGCACGAUGCUAUUGAGAAGGAGGACGCCAUGGUGACAUCGGACCCAAUGCCGCAAUAUGCAGAGAGUCUCCAGAGUCUUGUUCAAACAAGCCUCCGGAAGGAACUACAGCUUCUGGCGAAGAUUGUUCUUGAGAAGCUCAAUGGCAAGAGACUCGUCCCUCUGAAGGGAUUGGAGAGCGAGUACCUCAAAGUCCGUCAGCUUGUUGAGCAAACAGUCACAGCCGGAGAAGGCAAUUCGAUGCUGCUUCUCGGGUCGCGCGGUUGUGGAAAGACGGCCAUUGUGGAGACGAUAAUCUCAUCGAUGAGGAGAGAGCACAAGAAUGAUUUCCAUAUCAUCCGCCUCAACGGCUUCUUGCACACAGAUGAUCGACUUGCCCUCCGGGAAAUGUGGCGCCAACUGGGCCGUGAGACAAAUACUGAGGAAGAGGCAGGUAAAGUGAGUAGCUACGCCGAUACGAUGGCAACUCUCCUGGCACUUCUGUCACAUCCGGAGGAGCUGUUUGGUCCUUCCGGCAACCCGGAAGCUGUCACCGCGGCGAAGUCUAUCAUUAUCAUCCUAGACGAGUUUGAUCAGUUCGUAACGCAUCCCCGACAAACGUUGCUUUACAAUUUGUUCGACAUUGCGCAGGCUCGCAAAGCGCCGAUUGCUGUCAUCGGGCUCACCACAAAGGUGGAUGUGACCGAAAUGUUGGAGAAGCGUGUCAAGAGUCGAUUCAGUCAUCGAUACGUCUAUGUUCCUCUUCCACGGAGUUUUGAGACCUUUUCAGAAAUCUGUUUUGCUGGAUUGGAUCUAGAGGACAGCGAAAAUUCAGGUUUACUUGAUGCUGAUGCUGCGGUGCACUCAAUCAUCGAGUCCGCAGGGUGGAACAAGCUCUUGAGGGGCUGGAGGUCAUAUUUACAGGGACUCUGGAGCGAUGAGGCGUUCAGUCACCAUCUGCAGAGGAUCUACCACCAGACGAAAUCCGUGAAAGAGUUCUUCACAAGCGCAUUGCUGCCGAUGACUGAGCUAUACCAUAGCACUCAUGACUCGUCAUUGCAUAUCCCGACGCCCAAGGCAUUCAGCAGUCAGGCAUUGUCGUGUCCCGACCCAGCUCCCCUGCCGUUCUCCACCUCGACAACCGUAAGCGCAAGCCCAUCAUCGCUUCCGCUGUCCCUCUUGCUGGCUGCCACCCGCUUGACAGCUCUGUACGACCCAGGCCUCGAGGCCGGCCAACCUCAAAAUCUAACCCCACUUGCUCUAUCUUUUCCCGCAGCGUAUGCGGAAUAUGUCCGCUUGCUGACAUCGGCGAAAACAUCAGCAUCUGUCUCCGGGGCGGCGGUGACACCUGGCCGUGUCUGGGGCCGGGACGUGGCUCGAGAAGCGUGGGAAAAGCUAGUCAGCUGGGGGCUGAUCAACCCUGUCGGCGGGGGAAGCGGAACUGCAGAUGGACGGAUGUUCCGGGUUGAAGUCAGCUUCGAGGAGGUAGUCGCCAUGGCGGGAUCUGGUGGCUCAUUAGGGAAAUGGUGGCGCGAGUGA